AUGUCGAUUGCGGUUGACGGCGACACGAGGGGGAGGAAGACGAGCCCGGCGGCGGGUCGCGUCGGACAGGAGGAGGAGUCGGAGAGGAAGAGGGCGCUGACAUCGGAAGUUGAGGAGAAUUGGGCGAGGGAGGUGUGCUGCGUGAUGUCCCCAAACCCUAAGCCGUCUCGGGUUGGGCCGGAAUUACCAAGUCGAUUGGACCAGCGGCUUGGGUCGGAUGAGAUGGUGGCUACAACCACAGAUUGGACAAAAGAUAGGCUGGCCUGGGAGGGGUCAAAUUGGGCCAAGCAACCUCCACGGGACGGUUCAAAGAUGGGGUUGAGCAGUCCGAAUGUUAGAGGGAAGUCUGGGCUGCCCUCGGGUCUUCCGGUCCAACGGAGCAAAAUGAAGAUGGGCCAACAAUGUGGGUCUGUAUCAAGCUGGACCUGGGUUGAAGAAUAG